CUGACGUUGCGCGGCGGGGAAGGAGGGAGGGCCCAGUAGCGGCCGCUGGGACGGGGGCUCCCAACAUGUCGGUGCUGCUGUUUGCGCUUGGGCUGCGGGAGCAGAGGACGGUGGAGGGAGAAGCCGCGGCGUGAGGAGGAGAUACUGCUCGAGCUUUAAUCUUCCCCGUCGCCUCAGUGAGGGGAGACGGAGGCUGCCUUCGCGCGCGAGCACGGGGCUUUUAACCGAGUGAGGAAUCUACGGCCGCAGGAAAUUCCAAGAGAAAGCAAAUGUUGCAUCCUGCAUUAUCAGAAGGCUUUAAAGCAUAAUCUCUUCUGUACCUGUUGGCUGAAGGAAUGUAAACUCUAAGGUUUUUAAUCUGCACUCAAAUUGGCAGAACUGCAGUUGACAGAUUUCUUUACAAAUUAAGUAAACAUGGGUGCGUUUUUGGAUAAACCAAAAACUGAAAAGCAUAAUGCUCAUGGGGCAGGAAAUGGGCUGCGUUAUGGCCUUAGCAGUAUGCAAGGAUGGAGAGUGGAGAUGGAAGAUGCUCACACAGCUGUUGUAGGAAUUCCUCAUGGUUUAGAGGACUGGUCCUUCUUUGCUGUUUAUGAUGGACAUGCAGGAUCUCGUGUGGCUAAUUACUGCUCAAACCACUUACUAGAACACAUCACUAACAAUGAAGACUUCAGGGGAACAGAACAGCCCGGCUCUGCUCUUGAACCUUCUGUGGAAAAUGUAAAGAGUGGAAUCAGAACUGGCUUUUUGAAAAUUGAUGAAUACAUGCGCAAUUUUUCAGACCUCAGAAAUGGCAUGGACAGGAGUGGCUCAACGGCAGUGGGAGUUAUGAUUUCACCUGAGCACAUUUACUUUAUCAACUGUGGAGACUCGCGUGCUGUUCUUUAUAGGAAUGGACAAGUCUGCUUUUCUACACAGGAUCACAAGCCUUGCAAUCCAAGGGAGAAGGAGAGAAUCCAGAAUGCAGGAGGGAGUGUCAUGAUUCAGCGUGUUAAUGGCUCACUAGCAGUUUCUCGUGCUCUGGGGGACUAUGACUACAAAUGUGUUGAUGGGAAAGGUCCUACAGAACAACUUGUUUCUCCAGAACCUGAGGUUUAUGAAAUUGUAAGAGCAGAAGAGGAUGAAUUUAUUGUCUUGGCUUGUGAUGGAAUCUGGGAUGUAAUGAGCAACGAGGAGCUCUGUGAAUUUGUUAAGUCUAGGCUUGAAGUAUCAGAUGAUCUGGAAAAAGUGUGCAAUUGGGUAGUGGAUACUUGUUUACACAAGGGAAGUCGUGAUAAUAUGAGUAUUGUUCUAGUUUGCUUUUCAAAUGCUCCUAAGGUCUCAGAUGAGGCAAUGAAGAGAGAUGCAGAAUUGGAUAAGCACUUGGAAUCAAGAGUGGAAGAAAUUAUGGAGAAGUCGGGUGAAGAAGGAAUGCCAGAUCUUGCUCAUGUUAUGCGCAUUUUGUCUGCAGAGAAUAUCCCAAAUUUACCACCAGGAGGUGGCCUAGCUGGAAAGCGAAAUAUUAUUGAAGCUGUUUAUAACAGGCUGAACCCACACAGAGAGAAUGAUGGGGGUGCUGGCGAUCUAGAAGAUCCGUGGUAGCCUUACAGACCUCCUAAAAUGCUUUUGCAUCUGAAAAAAAUGGGGGAAAAACUUUUAAUCAUUUUUCUUCAAUACAAGGGAAAAAUUCUGGUGGAUUUCCAACAUUUGUGAAAUGGGCAGAAAGAAAUUAUUAGGAUUUUACAUCAUUUGUUCAUAUAUGUGUUUUCUGAUAUUGCCACUCUUAGCAUUGCCUGUACUACAGUAUUUUUACCAGCCUUGGGCGUAUUGGUUACAUCUUUAUGGAGCCUGUGCCCUAAAAACCAAGGAAGGAUUAAUGCUGGGAGCACAUCACUAAAUGUACAUAAAGUACCAUGGGAUUGUAGUUGUACUCUGAAGACACACUAUGGUUUAACAAAACAUAGAAUACAAGCACGACUUAGUGCAAGUAAUUGUAAUGAGACACUUACUUACUUCACCUUACCAAGAUGGAAGGCUUUUGCAGCUCUGGGCUUGGAAGUCAUUUCAGUUGGGCAAUAUGCUAUAGGAUGUGUAUUUUCUUUUUAAUUUUCCAGUUUUAUCUGUAUUACCAGACUGUUAGGUUUUUCCCUACAGUGUCCAAAUUGUGAUAUGUUGCCUACUGCUUGCUUAAGAUAAAAGUGUAUUUGGCAAUAAUAUAAGGAGAUUUUAGGCAUCUAAAACCAAUAAGAAUUUUACGCAUGUGUAUAACACAUCCUUAAACUCUUGCUAGAAGAAAUCUUUUUAAACCAAACAACUUAAUUUAUGGUUAGUUGUAAUUUGCUUUGACAUCUCACUCAUUGCUGCAAGUUUUUUUUAAAUGCUGAAUAUUUGCCUUUAUAAUGUAAAUUGUGAUUUUGUUCUAAAUGUGGUUUUCUAUAGUUUUUUCCUUUGAUUUCUACCAGCUUAAAAGAGAGGUCUUGUGUAAUAUGGGUAUAAUUUUUAAUUGUUUGCAUUAUUUACAAAGUUCAAAUUAUCACUUUGAGAUUACUAUAAAUACAGCUAAAAUUAUCUAUUUUAAAUCUAAGAAAAUAUUAAGAGAUAUUUUCAUGGGUUCAGUGACCUUUCAUUUUAUAAGCAAUGGGCAUGGUACAGAGUGGCCGUCACGUAAGGUACUUGAAGAUUCUUAGUUUAAUUCUAUUUUUGCAAUAACCUUAUUUUUUUCUUAAUUCUUUUGAGUUGUGCAUGUAUUGAGUCCAGUUAAUGCUGAAAGUGGAGAAGAGUAAAGUAUUUAUCUAAUAAAUAAAUAAAUAAAAGCUAUUGGGGAGGGGAAACAAUGAAUGUAUCCAUCUGUACAUGAUUUACAUGCUGUGGAUGCCUUGUAAACAUUUUCCUAUUUGUUUAAACUGUGUUUCAACGAGGAUGUAAUUACCCUUGUGUGUAGUUUAAGCUAACGACAGUCAUCAACUGGUUUUGUGUGAAAUAAAAUUCAUGGUAUUUUUCUGUACCCCCCCACCCAUCCCUAUACACAAGUGUACACUCUUAUGAUCUGGUGCCUAUAGCCAGCUUUCCCAAUCAUUUGGUUCAUUGUGUAUCUGAUUUGUUUGGGAUGGGGUGGGGGUCUAGAGAGGAUUAUUGCCACAAUAUAUUUUAUUUAUUCAUUAGAUUUUAGCCUUGUAAGUUAAAGUGUUCUAAAUGAUGAUGUUAACAGGUAUUUGUCCCUACUGGGUUUUUUUUUUUUUUUUUGGGUUGUUAAAAGCUAGGGAACGAAGAAUGCAAAAUGGUUUAUUGUUCAGACUGUCUGCUCUGGUCCAAUCCUGUACUGAUAGUACCUUCCCAGUAUGAUAUUGUGAUGUUUCAUACAAUACAGUGAACAUAACCAACUUGUUAUCUUCAAUAAAGGAUUGCUAAACCAGUGAGAAGCGCUAUUUUAUGGGGAAAGAAUUAGUGACAAAACAAAUGAUUUGUUUCUAUAAUUGUAAAUACUGAUUUUGAUGUAUAUAUUAAUGUGAUCUUUGACCUACAAGAUCUUAAGAACUUGGCCCUGAUUACAACAUUUGAUUCCAAACGACAAUUGCACAUUAUUAACACCCAGAUCUGAAUAUGUCACAAGUUCUUAAGACUUCUCACUAUUUGAAAUUCAUUUGGUCCAAGAUGGUAGAAAAUGAGCUACAGAUGAAACAAGCAGAAGGUGUUGGUACAUAAUAUGUUGAUGAGAAGGUAAACUAUGACAUCUGUUAAAAAAUACUAAAUAUUUCUCAGAUGUUAUGGUGCUCUUCAAACUACUGAGUAUAAGAAUAAUUAUUACUUCCAGGUAGUAAAAAAUUGCAGGACUGAAAAGUUUCUAAAGAAGAAGAAAAACAAUGGAAGUAUUGCCAUUACUUGCAGCAUAUUUUUCAUAGGAGAUGUAAUUGACAUGUGUACUACUGAGCUGGAUCUGUUUAUAUCAGCUUCAGAAUGCAAGUGCCUGUAUAAGUUGUCUAAACUUGCUGGAUGCCAAAGUCUACUUUUUAUACCUAAUUCUUGUUUUCCAUAGUUUAUAUGGCCAUACAUGAGAACAUACAUUGUUCCUUUUUGUUUGGUCUGUAACAACCACUAAAACUUGAAUGUAGGUAAUGUUAGCUAAUGUUUUAUUUGGUAUGUAUACUUAAUAGUUUGGCUGUAGACUACUUCCCAUUGGAUGCUCACUGGAGUAGGAGAAAGCAGUUUUUGCCUUUUUCCACCUGGGCUCAAACUGAUUUGCAAAGAAUGGGGAAUCCAGCAGGACCCUCUGCUAACCCUGGUCACUUCCAUGAACAGAAGACGACCUACCACUUGAAAAGCGGACACUCUGGAUCCAUCCCAGCAGAUUUGAAAGGAUGUCACUGGGGUUAAUUUGUUUGCCAAGGUAAAUUGUGUCAAAUAUUUGCCCUUUCAAAAUUACAGUCUUGUUGCCAGAAUCUUGCAGAAAAGGUCCUUGACAGGUUUGAAGUGUAACCUAAAGUCUUUACUAAAGGUUCAUUGUCAUUGGCUUGUAAUAAUGGCUUGGUGAAACUUGCAGUUUAAACAGUUUAAAAUGUGUGGAAUACAUAGAUCCUAAGGCUCUGAUAAUGGCUGACAAUAGUUCCUCUGAACCUUUUUCUAACAGCACCAUUAAAUUAAAGCUUUGUUGCUCUGCUAUACCCUAUAUAGUACUGACUUACGCAAGUAAGUCAACGAAAGGGGAUUACAACAAAUACCUUGAUGUAUCUAGGUUGUUGCUUUACCUAGGAGUGAAGCUGGGCUUUCUUAUUACUGAAAUAGCCCCAACUAAUCUGCAUCCACAGAGCAGCUUUCAGCCAACUGCAGGGCGGAUGUCUGUUUGCUUUAUUGGCAGACCAUCAAUUCCACUGAAACAUGAUCUUAAGCUAAGUCUUGGCUUACUUCCACAUCAAUACUUUCUUCUUAAUGCCUGCUCCCACCACUGCUUGCUGUGUUAAAACUGCCAGUAACUUGAUGCAGAGGCUCAGGGCACAAUGUGUUCUAUUGUUCAAGAAUUAGAGGAACCAACCAAAUAAUAGUUCAGUCUGCUGUGUUACUCAGAAGUAAGGCCUGUUGUUUGCAAAGGGAAGACAGCCUUAGAAGCUUGGAGCUGUGUGGUGGUAGCUCAAAACUUGAUUCCGUCAGGGCUAAGCAACUUGUAGGCCAUAAUUUUCAGCAGCCAUGGGCAACAUAGCCAAUGAUAUGAGUUGCAGGACAAAACAGCUGGAGGAUGACAUGUUGCACAAGUCUACAUGGUUAGUAGUUCACUGUAUCAAUCAGGAUGGAUUGUUUCUCUUCCUGUCCCUGACCUUGUCACCAGUGCUGCAAAUGUUCUCCCUCAUUUAUAAUGGUUUGGUGAAUAUGCUGAAAUUCAUGUGAUGACUUGCUGCUAAUGAUUCUGGUUGCCCUGUGGAACAUCUGCCAACUGGUCUGAAUUUCAGGCAGCCAUCACACUUUCAUUAAUUUCAGCUGAUCACCCUGUCUGAUCUCUGUUCAUCUGACUUGCUCUGCUUUGGAUGUCAAAGGUGACCAAUAUAGGAAAAAGGAUCAAUAGUGUUGAAGUACAUCUUUUGAUUGGUUAUUGCUUUUUGCAUUCUUUAACUCUCAAUAUCACAACUGUAACUUUCAGUUUUGAAGUCUAUGAAUGAAUGGUAUUGUGUGCUUAACAUAUAAAAAGGAAUAUUAAAGUGAGGUCAACUUUAUAUUUGACCUGGGCUAAUCCUCCAAUAUAAGGAAUUGUAUUAACCUGAAAGGGAUGAGAAAUUGGUCUAAUAAAAAUUGGUGUCUUGCU